UCUCACUGAGUUCCGUACAGUCCAGAAUCCUGUUGUCUGUGUGUUAUGGUUCCAGCUCAUAAAGAAGAAGAUAUUGCCUGCAGUGUGUCAUGUUUACUUUGGGAAUGAAUUACAUUUUAGAAAUGCUGAAUCACGUGUCUGUCUGAGGGAUACUUUGUAACUCUACGGCACUUUGUUGAUGCUGAGGCCAGAUGCUGGGUUUUUAUCUGGGAAAUGCAUAACAAGAGCUGUUAUUUCAAGGACAUGCAAAUACAAGGCUGCCUGAUUUUCAAUUGAGGGGACAACUUCAUGCUAAAGACUCAGUUGCGUCAACGUGCAAGUCUGAAUUGUAAUGGUACCAUGGAGGGACAGCAUCGUUUAGAAGACCAGAAAAGUCCCCAUUGUAAAGUACAAGGGCAGGAGUAUCAGCUCGAUAGCCAAAGACACAUGACCACUUUCUCCUAUCGCUGCACAUUGGCAGACUUCAAAAUAGAUAAAAAGAUUGGACGAGGACAAUUCAGUGAAGUUUAUAGAGCAAGCUGUCAUCUGGAUCGAAAACCUGUGGCCCUGAAAAAAGUCCAGAUAUUUGAAAUGAUGGAUGCCAAGGCCAGACAAGACUGUAUUAAAGAAAUUGAUCUCUUAAAGCAAUUGAACCACCCUAACGUAAUUAAGUAUCUGGACUCAUUUAUUGAAGACAAUGAACUGAAUAUUGUCCUGGAGCUUGCAGAUGCUGGAGACCUUUCACAAAUGAUUAAAUACUUUAAGAAACAAAAGCGACUAAUUCCAGAGAGGACAGUGUGGAAGUACUUUGUGCAGUUAUGCAGCGCUGUAGAGCAUAUGCAUUCCCGUCGAAUCAUGCAUAGAGAUAUAAAGCCUGCAAAUGUGUUUAUAACAGCAACCGGAGUGGUAAAACUGGGAGACCUAGGUUUGGGUCGAUUCUUCAGCUCCAAAACCACCGCAGCACAUUCCUUGGUGGGAACACCAUAUUACAUGUCACCAGAGAGAAUACAUGAAAAUGGCUACAACUUCAAGUCUGAUAUCUGGUCAUUGGGCUGCCUUUUGUAUGAAAUGGCAGCCCUUCAAAGUCCUUUCUAUGGAGACAAAAUGAACCUGUUUUCUCUUUGUCAGAAGAUAGAACAGUGUGACUACCCACCUUUGCCCUCAGAACACUACUCUGAAAAGUUACGCGAGUUGGUCAGUAUGUGCAUUUACCCAGAUCCAGACCAAAGGCCGGAUAUUGGCUACGUCCACCAGGUAGCUAAACAGAUGCACGUGUGGACUUCCAGCACAUGAAAACAAGAGUGCUUGAUCUGUUGAGGAAAACUCCACCACGUUACUUGAAUACUUCUUGCCAAAGAAGCAAAGGCUCCAGGAAACUUCACAAGAGUCUUUUCGUUGUUGCGGUUUAGUUAAACAAGAACCUCUAAACCAGGCUUCAGGUGACACUCCAGGAGACACAUUUAAUACGGAUUGUAGAUGCCAUGUUACAGUUGUAGAUCCUCUCUAACAAGUUGUGUGUAAUUUAGGAUAAUACAGAAUGAAAACCGUGCAUUCAACAAAAAUGCACCUUUGUAUAAUUCAAAUGUGAACAUUAAAAGUAAUUCCUCUGAUGAAUUCGUAUUAAUUUUUAUACGGUCUAGAACGUGUAGUGUAUUAGCCCUGCUGGUGUUUAUUGCUUUGCUAUGUCUUUCUUUUUGCAAAUAAUUAUCUCCGUGAAUAGCAUUUUGCUGUACAUUCUUAAAUGUAUUUUGUCAGUUUUAUAAAAAAAAAAAAAUCAAUCUUUGUUUUUAUAUAUUUUCCUUGUCUACAAAAAUAAAAAUACACACAACAAAGGACAGUGCUUACUUAACGAUUGUUAUAGAUUUUUCCAGUGACUACUGGCGCACUGUGUCCAAGUGUCACCAUUACUUUGACUGCUUUGAGAAGUUUAUUUUGCUUAUAGCCAAGAAACUUUUGAUGGAUUAUGUCAAACUUCAGUAUAUUACCAGUACCAAAUAAAAGCAGUGUUAACCUUGAAAUGACAAUUCACCAUGAGAAAACCAAUAUUAACUGUGAAUGCACAAUUAUUUUAAUGUGAAUAUGUUAUCAACCCCACAAUUUGAAGGAAAAGUCUUCAUUUGGGAAGCUUUAACAGAAGGCUGUCUGUGGCUCCACACCAGUGGAAAAUAAAAUAAAUCCCUUUAUACUGGGAGGUCACGAUUAGAAGAAUAUAUAGACUUGCUGUUACAGUAUAUGAUCUAAUGUCUAAUACAUGGCUGUCUCAAAAAGGCGUCAUUUUGUUGUUGAUAAGAAAUGUUAAUAAAUAAGAUCUUCCUGUUG